AUGCUCACAACUGGACAGACCGAUAAUAUCUUUGUUCUGUCACCAUCUCAACCCACGCCAUUAGCCUCUCAUCAGCAGCCUGUUCAAACGAACCAGAUUGCGUUUUGUUGGAGCGGUCAAAAGAUCUUCCUCACUACGGGGGAAGGUAAAACCCGUAUUUUGACAUAUCCGGACUUCAAGCCUGUUUUCCAAUUCAAUUACAGCGACGAACCUAAAGAAUUUGUUUUAAACGGCCACACGUCUUCUUGCUUGUCUGCUGAGAUGCAGCCAACUGGUCGCUAUCUUUCCACUGGUGGUUCUGACUCAAUCAUAUCCAUCUGGGACACAGCAGACUGGAUAUGCCAAAGGACCAUUACCAGCAUGGUUGGGCCCAUUCGGUCUAUCAGUUUCACGUUUGAUGGCAACUUUAUGGUAGGAGGCAGUGACGAAGGUUCGGGGCUAGACAUUCGACACGUCGAAUCCGGAGACCAGGUGCAUACGUUCAAAACGGCGGGGCCAUGUCCAGUUGUGUCAUGGGCGCCAACCCGAUACUGCCUGGCCUACAGCGACUUGGGAAUCCUUCGUAUAAUUGGUUUGGACGCUGAGAAAAAGUAG